AUGUGGAAGCAACUCAUCGGAGCCGCCCUUGCCGUCAUGGCCAUGGCGCCCGGCGUCAACGGCCAAUACCCCGACCCGGGCAGGGUCACGGGCGACACAUUCACCCACGACCCGACGGUCGUCAAAACCCCGGGCGGCACAUACCUCAUGGCCUUCACGGCACCAAACAUCGGGCUCAAGACGUCUACCGACCGCACAGCGUGGCGUGAUGCCGGCGUUGCCUUCCCGGGCGGCGCGCCCUGGACCACGCCUUACACGGGCGGCGACACCAACCUCUGGGCCCCGGACAUCUCCUACCGCAACGGCCGGUACUACAUGUACUACUCGGCCUCGACCUUUGGAUCCCGCAAGUCGGCCAUCUUCCUGGCCACAAGCAGCACGGGCGCGUCCGGCUCGUGGACCAACCAGGGCGUCGUGAUCGAGACGACGCCCUCCAACGACUACAACGCCAUCGACCCCAACCUCAUCGUCGACGCCCAGGGCAACUGGUGGUUGUCGCUCGGCUCCUUCGGCACCGGCAUCAAGAUGAUCUCGCUGAACCCGAGCACCGGCAAGCGCUCCGGCACCAACCUCUUGUCCCUCGCCAGGCGCACCGAGGCCGGCGGCGCCGUCGAAGCACCCUUCAUCACGCGCCGCGGCAACUUCUACUACCUCUACGUCGCUUUCGACAAGUGCUGCAACGGCGCCGCCAGCACGUACCGCAUCAUGGUCGGUCGGUCCACCAGCGUCACCGGCCCCUACGUCGACCGCAGCGGGAGGCAGAUGAUGUCCGGCGGCGGCACCCAGAUCAUGGCGAGCCACGGCUCGAUCCACGGGCCCGGCCACCCGGCCGUCUUUACCGACACCGACGCCGAUGUGCUCGUCUACCACUACUACAACAACGCCGGCACGGCGCAAAUGGGCAUCAACCUCAUUCGUUACGAAUCGGACUGGCCGGUGGUUUAUUGA